AUGUCUUCUCGAGGUAGCACUAGGGGAGGUAGGGGCUCACGAGCCGGCCGAGGCGGCCGUGGCGCCUCUGCAACCGCUGCGACCCCCUCGACCAGACCUUCCAUCGAGGACGGCACACCAGCAAGCUCUGCAGGCGGCGAUGUCACCAUCACAGACGCCCCGGCGGCACGAGCUGCCACGACAGAUGCGGCCCAGUCCGCGACCCAGUCGCCAGCGCCCGCCGCCUCGGGCCGAGCCCGCUUCAGGCCGAAAAAUAUUCGCAGAGACGCUGCUGAGCGGCAGAAGCUGGAGGAGGAGCGCAACCGAGAUCUACAGGCCAAGAUCAAGAUAGAAGAGCGCGAACAGAGAGAUGCCGACCGUCGAGCGAGGCGGGGCGGCAGAGGACGGGGCAGGGGCAGAGGGGAUGCCGGCGGUCACUUUGUCCGGCGGACCGUGACCGCCGAGGGUGUGUUCUCUGGCAUAUCGCAAGAUAUGGUGAAGCAAGGAGGCGGCGCAUGGGGGCAGAGAUCCGGCGGUGCCGGGUUCAAAAAGGAAGGACAGACAGAGUGGGGUCCUCGAUACCAGAAUCGUCGCGCGAACGAGGUACGGGUCAACGUCGAUUCCCUACGCGAUAGUCAUGCACCGGAGGAAAAUCUCGGGGCCUCAUCAAAAGCCUCUGGCAUCCUCCCGGUUGGCAUCAUCAGAGUGGAGCACAAGGCCGAAGAUCUCAAGGUGGCCACCAGUGCCGAGCUCGAGGCUGAGGAGCAAGAAGACGAUGACGAUGACGACCUUUUUGUCAGCACGCAAGACGCGGUCCGGCGCGAUAUCGAGAUGGCCGACGACAACGAAGUCUGGAAUGUAGACCCCAGCAAACCCGAAGAGCACAAGGACGUCAAGAUCAAACCGGAACCCGGCACUGAGGAGGAUGUUGACACAGAGAUGGCGGACGUCCCGGUCAAGCCGGAUAUACCGUCCUCUCCGGAACUGCAGAAGAAGCCACUGGCCGAGGACAUGGAUGCCAAGACGAAAGCAAAGGAGAAGAAGAGAGAGAAGGCACUGCAGGACCGAGAAAUCCAGGCCAUGGCAUACGACGCUGCAUCUCUCCUCCAGGGACUUUCCAUCAAAGAAGGCGACGCACAAGACAGAGACAACAAGUUGUUCCUCUUUCAAUUCCCGCCAAUCCUUCCACCUCUGCUCCAUCUCAACGCCGACGGCAACGAAAUUGUGGAGCUCGAAGAUGACAAGGAGGCGGACAAGAUUAGGAUUAAGCCUGAGCCUGGAACCUCAGGUCCCAUUUCCCUUAGCUCGGCCAGGCCGUCCGGAGGAGGCUUCAUUGGCAAACUGAAUGUGCGCAAGUCGGGCAAGGUGGAGCUGGACUGGGGUGGCCGUAUCCUUGACCUUGGUAUCGCCACAGAUACCGAUUUCUUGACUACUGCAAUCAUUGUAGAUGAGCAGGAGAAUGACCUCGCCUCAGGACAGGGCAAGGCGACAGCUAUGGGCAGGAUCUACGGAAAAUUCGUGGCGACCCCCAUCUUUGAGGAGGAGGCUGACUGGGAACCUGAUCUGGAGGCUUUGAACCUCUCAGUCUGA